AUGCUUGGCAUCGUGAUAUCAUUUCUGAUACUAGCACUGCUAUGUGCGGGCAUGCGAAUAUGGACACGCAUCUUCAUUGUUCGGGCCGUAGGAUUGGAUGACUUCUUUCUGGUGCUGGUCAUGAUUUCAAUCUCAGUUGGAAGCAUUGGCACUUGCAUCGGUAUAAUCUUCUACAUCUGCAACGGCACAUUACCGAUGUCAACAUCCCUCAUCAAGAUCGCCAUCCUGCUCCAGUAUCUCCGGACGUUUGAGCGCGGAUCAAAAUCACGAAUCUUUACCAUUGUCAUGAUCUGCAUCGUGGCAAUGUGGGGAACCGCCUUCAUCUUCCUCGCCUGGGUACCCUGCAUCCCCGUCGCAGCCUACUGGGACUGGUCAAUACCCUACCGCGGACGCUGGGGGUUCGGAACGCAGGUUGCGGAGGAGCUGCUCCGGACGUACGAGGCUCACGCCACGAGCAACAUGAUUCUCGACUUCAUCAUCUUUGCCAUUCCUUUACCGCUGUACUUCAACACCGAGGCGAACAAGAGGUCUCGGAAGAGCGUUCUCGGCCUCUUUUUGCUGGGCAGUCUUGUCCUGAUGCUCGCCGCCUGGCGUCUCGUUGCCCUAGUCCGCUCCCGCGCCGGAACCUACCCAAACUUCGACCCAACCUGGGCCGCCCCAGGCCCCAUGGCCCUCUCCAUCCUCGAGAUCGACAUGGCCGCCAUCUGCGCCUCCCUCCCCGUCUUCUGGCCCGUGCUGCAAAACAGCAUGGGCAUGAUCUUCGUUACGCACGAGGUCAAAGUCACCACGGAAACGGUCGAGACGACGCGGAGCCGCGAAGACGACGAGUGCCUCGAGCCGGCCGACGGCGCAGGGAGCGGCUCCUUUUCUUUCGCGCAGCAGAGCCCCGGGUUGGACACAACGGAGCUGAUUCGGCAGUGCCAGAAGCAGACGGACAUUUUUGGGAGUUAUUUGAAGGGCAAGACUACGACGGAUGUGAAUGCGGAUCCGACGACGAAAAUGGUGUGA